AUGGAAGAAAUUGAUGAUGCCGUAAUUGAGCUAAGCAUCCUUUUGGAGUCUUCACACAAGGAACAACAACAAGACGACAAUGAAUCUAGUCAAAGUGGAGUUGGAUUGGAGACCACUGAAAACUAUACCAACCAAUUUACAACUAAUCAGAUUUUCGAGAGUAAAGAUGCAUUACUUCAAUGGGUCCGUUCUAUUGGCAAGAAGAAUAAUAUGGUGAUUAUCAUUAGGAGGUCUGAUACAGGUGCUGUUGGGAAUAAGAAAAAAAGACCUAAAUUGAGAUUUUGUUGUGAACGGGGCGGCGACUAUAAGCGAGUUGUGAAAUCCAGCACCAAUACUGAAAAAUCUAAUGCAGAGAGCAAGGAAAAAGCUGAUGGAUCUAGUAAAAAGAAAGAGCGUCCAAGGGCUAGUGGUACAAAAAAAUGUGGGUGUCCAUUCGCAUUGAGGGGCAUAAAUAUUGUUGGAGACGAAUGGAUGUUAGAGGUGACAUGUGGAGUACAUAAUCAUCCUCAUUCUCAAUCUCUUCAUGGUCAUUCUUACGUUGGGAGAUUAUCUAAGGAAGAACAUGCUAUGUUAGUAGACAUGACAAAUAGUUUGAUGAAACCGAAGGACAUUUUGACUGCCUUGAAGAAACGAGAUCCAGAAAAUGUAACAAUCAUGAAGACGAUAUACAAUGUGAGGAAAGUGCAUAGAAUGAAACUAAUGGCCGGACGAUCGCAAAUGCAAAGUUUGCUACAGAAGUUGUCAGAACACAAUUAUAUUGAGCACCAUAGGAGCGAAGAGACAGAAGACAAUUACACCUGGGCUUUGAGUAGGUUGAGAACUCUUCUAGAUCAUUGUACUCUCAGUGUUUUUGUGACGGACCGUGAAUUAGCACUAAUGAAUAGUAUAAGCAAAAUAUUUCCUGAUUCCCGACAUCUCUUGUGUAAAUGGCACAUCAACCGAAACGUGAUGAAAGAAUGCAAGAAAAAGUUCGCGACAGCAGAAAUGUGGAAUAUGUUUCUCAAUGCUUGGAACACUGUUGUUGGUUCUACAACUGAAAGUGAGUACUGGGCAAACCUGAAGGAAUUUGAAUCUAAAUUUAGUACAUAUCCUGAUGAGCUUCGUUACUUAAAGAGAACUUGGUUAGACAACUACAAAGAGAGAUUUGUAGUUGCAUGGACAGAUACUUGCAUGCAUAUUGGUACCACAACUUCUAACCGGGUGGAAAGUGCACAUGCAAAGUUAAAGAGGCAACUGAAUUCUAGCCAAUUGGACUUUAAUAUUUCAUGGGACCAUAUACACUCAUUGAUAGAGUUGCAUCAUACAGAUAUCAAGGCAUCUUUUGAGAAAAGUAGGUGCUUUUUGCAACAUGAUUUUAAGCAUGAGUACUUGAAGGAGUUAAUAAGUUAUGUGUCUAUCGCGGCCUUGAACAAAAUAGUGUGUGAAGCUAAUAGGGCUGAUUCAAUGAAGAAAGAUGUCGCUUGUUGUGGUUGUGUGAUACGCGUUACACAUGGUUUACCUUGUGCGCAUGAGAUUGCAGAGUAUAAAUGCUCCAACCGGCCUAUUCCUAUUGAUGCAGUUCAUAAUCAUUGGAGACAGUUGGGUAUCAAUCAAGCCAUGCAUAAUGACACCGAAGAAAAAGUUCCGGUAAAACAACAUAUGCUUCGAUUAGAGACAUGGAUUAAACAGCAAAAUGAUGAAGAUAGACGACAUUUAUUGAUAAAAAUUGAUGAGUUGAUGAAUCCAGUUGGUCAAGAUGUUCCCCAUGGUCCUAUUAUAUCAAUUCAGAAUACCACAUCAAGUAAGAAACCUAAGGAUUGUACAACUAAAAUUAAGAGCCCAGAAGAUACUAGAUUUGCCCUUACGAAUAAAUAUAAUUUGCAAUUUCGAGUUGGGAUGCAGCCUUAUAUUGUAGGUGCAUAUGAUGUUGAAUCUGAUGGUAACUGUGGAUAUAGAGUUGUGGCUUCAGCAAUGGGUUUUGGUCGGAAAUCAUGGCGCAAAGUUCGUAGGGAUUUAUUAAACGAGUUGCAUAGUAUGCGAGAACUGUAUGUAAUUCUCUUUGGUGGAACUGAGGUUGAGAAGGUUCAGCAGACGCUUAACCAUUAUGGCUCUGGAAAUGCAGCGGAAAAGUAUUGGAUGUACUUUCCCGAAAUGGGGCAUUUAAUUGCAACAUGUUAUGGUGUAGUGGUAAUAUUUCUAUCAGAAGGGCAAUGCAUAACAUUCCUCCCCCUCGUAGAACACAAGAUUGGGCAGUUCAGUAAUGAUGAGCUCAAAGAGAUUGGAAUUGGCCAUGUGAACAAAAACCAUUUUGUGCAUCUUAAAUUGUCUCUUGGACAUCCCUUGCCAUAUCUUGUACCAAAUUGGGAAAGAAAUGCUGACGUCAAAGUUCGACAUUUGUUUUCUAUAUAUCAGGACCGCCUAAAUCGUUUCAAAGAGUGUUGUCCGAGAAAAGAUGAUGGAACUGUUACUCAGACAACAGAUGUCGUUGUCACUGUUGUCCGAAAUUUUGUCAAUUUCACCAAAUUCCAUCUUUAUGGUUAUUUGUUGGCUGAGGAGAGGAUACACGACAGGACGCACCGCAAUAUAGGUAUCAAAAACAAGUGUAGUGAAACUCGGGAACUUCGCAGAACCGUACUUGGUGUGAACUGGCAGCCCCCCGGGCAUUCACUUGACACUCAUCUUUGCCACCCAUAUGCAGGACGCACCGCGAUACAGGCAUCAAAAACAAGUGUAGUGAACCCCUCUGUUUCUCUUCUUUUGCCAUCAGAAAGUUGUCGAAAUCCCUUCUCUUUGCACGUGCUUCUUUCAUUCUCUGAACCUGCAAUUGUCGUCAACAUAAAAGUGUAUUUGGCUUUGGGGGUUUCGAGGCUUUUUAGCACGGAGGAUUUGUUAUCGGUGCUGUUUUGGAAGGGUUAUAAAGCCCAUGUGGAAAUAAACAGAGGAAGGACUUUCUGCACUCAUGAACCCAUCAGCAACAAUACAGGAAAAGUACCAAUAAAAGACCAUGGAGAAAUGACCAGCAGGAUACCUGAACUUGAUGCUCUCCUGUCGUCGGGUUGUAGUCUCCAGGAGGCAGUGAAGAUUCUAGAGGGCUGGAUAAACAUUUGUUUGAAAUUUGAAUCUCCCGAAGCUCACGAAGAUAAGCUGUUGAUCGGAGACUUCGUCUUUGACUUUGAGAUUGAACUUGGACGCCCUCUGCCACUUUGUUCUUAUCUCACUUUGAGAUAUUUGAAUCACAAUUUGAAUGCUUUCUUCUGUUUGUUUUUUUUCGUAGCUUAUCCCCGCCCAAACUUGGUCGACCUUUGAAUUUGAGAAAGAGAUAAUUUGUAAAUAAAUAUUUGUUUAACUGCUGUCAUUA